AUGGCGGCCCGGCGAAUCCCCGCUACCGUCGCCGCACUUGCCGCCGCAACUGCCGCUGGAUUCGCGUCCGCGAUCGCCGUUCUCGUCCUCUCGCGGCCGCUCCACUCGCUUCCCGCCAUCCUCCAUGCCUUCCUCCUCCGCAUCCUGCUCCGCAUAACACGCACCUUCCUCCCUAACUGCGCUGGCUCCAGAUUACUCCAUAGCACGCGAUCCGUCCUCUCGUCGUCUGUCGAGGCGCCUCCAGUCUCGUCGCUCCACUCAUCAUCCAAUCAGAAUGCACCGGCCGCGUCUCAAUGCCGCCUCAAUAUGGAUGGCUGCGAUUCUCUCCUCGGCGUCGCUCCCUCCGAUAUUGACGGCUUCAAAGCGGCUCCAGCAGCAGACGCGACUUGCUGUGCGACUGGCUGUGCGACCCCUACGACCGGCCGUGCGACCCCUGCGACUGGCAUAGAGCCCACGUCGCACAAUCGCGACGGGCCAAGAGCUGCGAUCGGCCGCCGUGAAAUCCACGAAGCUUCGCAGAAAUGCCGCGACGAGCGCGAUGGGCGCGAAGGGCUGGUGGCGGCGAUCGGCAACACGCCGCUGAUCCGCAUCGCGAGUCUGUCCGCCGCGACUGGCUGCGAGAUCUACGGCAAGGCGGAGUUCGUCAACCCGGGCGGGAGCGUCAAAGACCGCGUGGCGCUACGGAUCGUGCAGGAGGCUCUCGAGUCCGGGCAGUUGAAACCCGGAGGGCUGAUAACGGAGGGCAGUGCGGGCAGCACAGGUGUCGCGCUCGCAUUGGUCGCCGCGGCGUUUGGCUGCCGCUGCUUCGUGGCGAUGCCGGACGAUGCUGCCGUGGAGAAGGCCGAGGCAAUGCGAGCACUGGGCGCCGAGGUGCUGCCGGAUCGCAGCAGCGGCUCCUCUGUUGGCCGGUUUGACUCCGUGGCCAAUCCUGCUGUGCCAUGUGGCACCACCAGCAGCAGCAGCGGCGGCGGCAGCGGCAGUGGUUUCUUUGCGGACCAGUUUGAGAAUCUGGCCAACUACCGGGCGCACUACUGCGGCACGGGGCCUGAGAUCUGGAGGCAGGCGGGCGGUGCAGUGGACGCGUUUGUUGCCGCUGCUGGCACUGGGGGCACCAUCGCUGGCAUCUCAUGCUACUUGAAGGUGAGCGGUUGUGAGCGGUUGCGAGUGGUUGUGAGUGACUGUGAGCUGGGAGGGGAGUGGCUGAAUCUGGCCAACUACCGAGCGCACUAUUGUGGCACAGGCCCAGAGAUCUGGAGGCAGACGGGCGGUGCAGUGGGCGCGUUUGUGGCCGUCGCUGGCACUGGCACUGGGGCCACCAUCGCUGGGGUGGGGUGUCGUGCUUCCUCAAGGUAA